AGAAGGUCGCACAGAGUCUUCAGCUCCCGCCUGCACCACUUGACGAAUGUUUUUUCCUUAUUACCAUGAAGAGACAAAACGCCAGGACUCUCGCCCUCAUCAUCAGCAUCCUCACCUACCUGGUGGUCGGUGCGGCCGUGUUCGAGACCCUGGAGUCGAAACAGGAGAAAAGUCACAAGAGGAAGCUCGACGCCAGAAAGUACGAACUCAUGCGCAAAUAUAACUUGACCAAAGAGAACUUCGAGGAGCUGGAGCACGUCGUGUUGCAGCUCAAACCUCACAAAGCGGGGGUCCAGUGGAAAUUUGCUGGCUCCUUUUACUUCGCCAUCACUGUGAUUACGACAAUAGGUUACGGCCAUGCAGCGCCCAGCACCGACUCAGGGAAAGUGUUCUGCAUGUUCUACGCCCUCCUGGGGAUCCCGCUCACUUUGGUCAUGUUCCAGAGCCUAGGUGAGCGGAUCAACACGUUCGUCAGGUACCUGCUGCACCAAGCCAAGAAGUGCCUGGGAAUGCGUCAGACCGAGGUCUCCAUGGCGAACAUGGUGACGGUGGGCUUCUUCUCUUGCAUGAGCACCCUGUGUGUGGGGGCUGUGGCGUUCUCUCACUGCGAGGGAUGGAGCUUCCUCCACGCCUUUUACUACUGCUUUAUCACACUCACCACUAUCGGGUUUGGAGACUAUGUGGCUCUGCAGAGGGACGACGCGCUGCAGAAUGACCCUCGGUACGUGGCUUUCUGCUUCGUCUACAUCCUGAUGGGCCUGACGGUGAUCGGGGCGUUCCUAAACCUGGUGGUGCUUCGCUUCCUUACCAUGAACACUGAGGACGAGCGGAGAGACGCCAAGCAGAGAGCCUUGAUGUCCGUCAGUAAGCCCAGAGGAGAAGUGGCUCGUCUAAUACCAGUCUCAGCCUCAACCUCUUCCACACCUGUAGCAGACGACACUACAAAAGCUAAAGAUUUAAAAGGUGUCUACACUGAGGUGCUUCAUUUCCAGACUAUAUGCUCCUGCUUAUGGUACAGGAGCAAGGAGAAGCUGCAGAGCUCCACUAUGAUCCCUCAGGAGCUGACGUUCUCUGAUGCCUACUUGCAGCAGAAUAGUAACUGUCCUCACUACAUGGAACCUUUAUCAACAGGCUGCGUUUGCAGUCCACGUCAGUGCUCGAGCAUAAGCUCCAUAACAACGGGCCUACACAUUCUCUCUCCGUUCAGGGUGUUUAAGAGACGCAGCUCCGUCUAGCCUUUCAAUACAGCAGAUUUCAGUACAGCACAAUGCGUCUGUACUGCCAAGCGGACAACAGAUACUUGGCAGUCCUCACAGCAAAGACAUGACUGCAAGUAGACGUUUGUGGUGCUAUAAUCCCAGUAAACCAACAGUAGGACACGCAAAAGGGAAAAGCACAUACAGCACUGUAAACAGCAAAGUCUUACCCAAAUAUGUAUUUUGAGAAAGCACAACAAAAUUCUUAUUCAGGGCAUCCUGUGUGCUUUGACAAACCAUGUAGGUACUCGUCUGGGUCACCACACAUGAACACAUGAACGCACUGCAGUACACUGUGGUGCACAGUGUACACAGCUUGUAGGUGGCAGCGCAGCGGCAGAACAGGUUGAGUCAGUUGAGCAACGGCACGAUAAAAUUAUAAAAUAACUGAAACUUGUCAGACCAAAGCUCUGCAGUAAAUUCCAGUUGUGUGCGUUUGUUAAUAAUCUCAAAGAUGCUGAUUCAACUCUGGUUAUUUCUAAAAGCUGUACUUUGUGGCAUUGUUGGUCCGUUGUUUUUCCCUGUUAGGCAUAUGUCUUGGUGUUUUUUUUUUUUAAGACAUCUCCCGUCAUAGUAUUUGUGACUGAUGAAGCAUCAGUUCACUUUCUGGCCUUAUAUAAGUUGCCUUGUGUUGUCCUAGAAAACGCUUUCAAACAAAUCGUAAUUGUCAGAACUUUAUUAAAGCUGACACACACUGGUAACUCAGUAUGACUCAUUCCCUGUGUAGCAGCCUCUGUUAUUGUGAGUUUCAGUGCUCUCUGCCCAAAUUUCUGGUGCAUCAGUCACAAACACUGCAAAAUUAUGUAACGUCACAAGUGGAGAAGUUCAAAAAAUCACGAUGACAUAUCCCAAACACAGAGAAACUGCAUUAGGGAAAGAAGUACAGUAAUCACAAGUAGACACUCACCAGCACUAACUGAAACACACUUAACUGGACUUGUUUAACAACACUGCUUUAAAAGGACUGCUUUAAAAAUGAUCAUCGGGCUAAAUCAACAACUCCCCAACAACUUGGUAUUCUCUGCAGAGUUACUGUAGUGUUUCUGUUACUUUGUCCACCCCUGGCUGAUGGUUGGUGAAGUCGCAGAUUUGGCACUGCUGGGUCCAGAAGUCAGUCCGGGGCAGGUACUGGUCUGCUUCGUGGCGUUUCCACUGUGAUGCUGUUAUCAGUCCUUCAGGAAUCAGAGCAGAUACACACCCAAACAUCCAGGUACUAGUGAGGUUGCACUAUUAAAGGAUAACUCAACAUUUUGGAAAAUAUGCUCAGAUGAGAAUAUAUCUCUGUCAUGGCAGUGCAAAGACCUUUUUCACAGCAGCCAUUUUGAUGUGAAAUAGUUUGUUAAACACAGGUGUUACCAAUGAUACCAGUUAAGGUUCUGU